UGGCACUCCGGGGCGGCCGCUGGAGCGCCCGCGGCCACCCGCGCCGCCGCCUCCCUGUUCCCCGCGGGCCUUUGGCGAUGGCGGGGCGUUUAGAGAGUCCCCGGAACCUGCUCUGGGCCUGACAGGGAGGCCCGGCGUGCGGCCGGGUGACCCUGGCCGACCGCAGGUAACAGGACCCGGAAGCAGCCGGGAGGCCAGGAACCCGAGACCAGGCCUGGGUGAUCCCUGGUUGCUUGCGGGCCUGCACUCCUCCCGGGAGCUCCCCUCUGCCCUGGGCUGAAGGCUGCGGAAGUGAGUCACCGGUGUGGAGCGUGCUGACGGUCAGGGGUAAUCCUGCCUGUCCAGCUUUAGUGACUUUCUAAAUGCAAAGAGUGGCAAGAGCAUGUGUUUCCCUGGCCCGGCGCGGACAGGGGCAGCCAGGACUCCGUAGCUUAGCAAGGGAGGUGGGUCUUAAAGGAAGCCUGGUUCUGAACCCUGACCCUACACCUGUGUGAAAGCUUCAGCCUUUCUACCGGGGAACCUGAGGCCCCUCUGCCGCUCCACAAAGGGAAGACAGGCUUUGCCUGGUGUUGAUGAUGGUGGAAGCUCCUGCGUGUCAGACCCUGCCUACACCAACCUCCCCCUGGCUUCUUCCCAGACAGUGGGACAGCACUCUGGUAACUCCCAUCUUAACAGGUGGGAAACAGGCUGAGGGAUAGCACUUGCUGCCAGGAGAAGGGUGGAGAGAACUGAAGCUCCAGGUCUCUGACUCACAAAGGCUACUUUUCAACCUACUUGUUUCAGGCCAGCCAGGGUUCUGCUGGCCUGAAAACCUCCAGAAACUACAUGCAGUUCAUGAGCUGGUUUGUGAAGAGCCUGAAGGAAGGCGUUCAUCCUCAUGGCCAUUCAGACAGAGCAGCCCCAGCCGGCUACCCUGUCUCCGGCGUGGGCAUUCUCCUCUCUCCAUGCUCCUGUUCGUGUGCCACCGGCCAAAGGUGACCAGGCCUGGCUUUCAGCGUGGCCGCUAUCAGAGGGGCCAUGGGGAGCUCCGCCUCCUCCCUGGCCACUGAGACUGAGUCAGACCACGGCUUCCCCCGGGGGCCACCAUACCCAGGGCCCCCGGCAGCGGCUGACUGGUGUAGGAAUGGCCCUGGGGGGCCCAUCUGGGGGAGUGCCCUGGUUGCCAGGCAGCACCCACGCCCCCGGGCCCGAAGCCAUACACACUCGCCUGGGUCUAUGGCCGCGGUUGGGGAGUGGUCCUGUGCGCGCUGCACCUUCCUGAACCCUGCUGGCCAGCGCCAGUGCUCCAUCUGUGAGGCCCCUCGGCACAAGCCUGACCUGGACCAGAUCCUGCGGCUCAGCGUAGAGGAACAGAAGUGGCCCUGUGCCCGCUGCACAUUCCGGAACUUCCUGGGCAAGGAGGCCUGCGAGGUGUGUGGCUUCACCCCAGAGCCUGUGCCUGGAGCAUCCUUGCUGCCCAUCAUCAAUGGGAUCCUGCCCAAACCACCCACCAUCCUGGUGGAGCCAAAAGGCAGCUGCAAGGAGGAGACAGGCUCUGUGCGGACAGCAGGGAUAGUGGCCCUAGAGCCAGCUGGAAGAUGCACUGAGGAGAAGGAGCAAGAAGAUGAGGAGGAGGGGGCAGAGCCCGGAAGUGGAUGGGCCUGCCAACGCUGCACAUUGCACAACACACCCGUGGCCAGCUCCUGCUCUGCCUGUGGGGGCCCCCGGAAACUGUCACUGCCCAGGAUCCCCCCAGAAGCCCUGGUGGUACCCGAGGUUGUGGCCCCCACAGGCUUCCAUGUAGUACCUGCCCCACCCCAGCCAGUGCUCCCUGGGGAAGGUGCUGAGGCUGACACUCCCUCCACCAGCCAAGGCCCAGCCUCUGCUGACCAGGAGGCUCCCAGGGUACCUCCUUUCAGCCCCUUCUCACCCACCCUGCAGAACAACCCUGUGCCGCGAAGCCGCCGAGAAGUACCCCCCCAGCUUCAGCCACCUGUGCCUGAGGCUGCUCAGCCCUCUUCCUCCACUGGUUCCAAAGGGCCCCCCCAGGGCCCAGGCCGGGCCACGGCUGCUGGGGCCUCACGCCUGGCAGAGCUGCUUUCAGGCCAGCGGCUAAGUGUGCUGGAGGAGGAGGUGGCCCCAGGGACCAUCCUUGCCCGCUGUGAGGCCUGCAGCCCCUCCCCAGGCAGUGAUGUCAUUGAUCUAGCUGGGGAUACUGUGCGCUACACACCCGCCAGUCCCUCCAGCCCCGACUUCACCACCUGGUCGUGUGCCAAAUGCACACUCAGGAACCCCACAGCUGCCCCCAGGUGCACAGUAUGUGGCUGCUCUAAGCUUCAUGGCUUCCAGGAGCACAGUGAACCCCCCAUCCACUGUCCAGACUGUGGGACUGACAGACCUGGCCCCUCUGCCCACAAGGCCACCAGUCUUCUCUCUGAGCGUCCAGGCCAGUGGGCCUGCCCUGCCUGUACCUUGCUCAACGCACCCCGGGCCAAGCACUGUGCAGCCUGCCACACACCCCAGCUCCUGGUGACCCGGCGCAGGGCUGUGGCGCCCUUAAAGCGUAGAGAGAGUAUGCAUGUGGAGAAGCGGCGGCAGACAGAUGAGGGCGAGGCCAAGGCUCUCUGGGAGGACAUCGUGGCCUUCUGCCGGGAGAACAAGGUGAACUUUGUGGAUGAUAGCUUCCCCCCAGGGCCCGCAUCUGUGGGCUUCCCUGUGGGCGACAGCGUCCAGCAGCGUGUGAAGCAGUGGCUGCGGCCCCAUGAGAUCAACUGCUCCGUCUUCAGGGACCACAGCACUGCAUGGUCUGUCUUCCACACGCUCCGGCCCUCAGACAUCCUGCAGGGGCUGCUUGGGAACUGCUGGUUCCUGAGUGCCCUGGCAGUGCUGGCUGAACGGCCUGACCUGGUCGAACGGGUGAUGGUCACCCGCAGCCUGUGCGCAGAGGGCGCCUACCAGGUGCGGCUGUGCAAGGAUGGCACGUGGACCACAGUGCUGGUGGAUGACAUGCUGCCCUGUGACGAGGCCGGCUUCCUUCUCUUCUCGCAGGCGCAGCGGAAGCAGCUGUGGGUGGCCCUCAUCGAGAAGGCGCUGGCCAAGCUGCAUGGCUCCUACUUUGCCCUCCAGGCAGGGCGCGCCAUCGAAGGCCUGGCCACACUCACCGGCGCCCCCUGCGAGAGCCUGGCGCUGCAGGUCAGCUCCACUAACCCCCGCGAGGAACCCGUUGACACUGACCUCAUCUGGGCCAAAAUGCUGAGUUCUAAGGAGGCUGGGUUCCUCAUGGGUGCCUCCUGUGGUGGGGGCAACAUGAAGGUAGAUGAUGCUGCCUAUGAGAGCCUGGGCCUGCGUCCCCGCCACGCCUACUCUAUCCUGGACGUCCGUGAUGUCCAGGGCUCAAGCCCUGUGAUCCUCAGGCUCCUACGACUGCGGAACCCCUGGGGCCGUUUCUCCUGGAAUGGCAGCUGGUCAGACGAGUGGCCACACUGGCCUGGGCACCUGCGGGGCGAGCUUAUGCCACGUGGCAGCAGUGAGGGUGUGUUCUGGAUGGAGUACAGCGACUUCAUCAGGUACUUCGAUUCUGUGGACAUCUGCAAGGUGCACUCAGACUGGCAGGAGGCGCGGGUGCAGGGCUGCUUCCCCAGCUCAGCCAGCGGGCCAGUGGGCGUGACGGCACUCACGGUGCUAGAGCGAGCCUCGCUGGAGUUCGCCCUUUUCCAGGAGGGCAGCAGGCGUUCGGACGUGGGGGACAGCCACCUCCUGGAUCUGUGCAUCCUGGUGUUCCGGGCCACCUUCGGCAGUGGUGGCCGCCUAAGCCUGGGCCGCCUCCUGGCCCACAGCAAGAGAGCAGUCAAGAAGUUUGUGAACUGUGACGUCAUGCUGGAGCCCGGAGAGUACGCAGUGGUGUGCUGUGCCUUCAACCACUGGAGUCCCACUCCACCAGGGCCCCCCACCAUGCAGGCCUCCAGCCCCUCUACAGGGGUUCCGCGAGGUACCCCUGAGCCUCCUGGCCACGUGCUUGCGGUGUACAGCUCGAGGCUAGUCAUGGUGGAGCCAGUAGAAGCGCAGCCCACCACUCUGGCGGACGCCAUCAUCCUGCUCACUGAGAGCCGGGGAGAGCGGCACGAGGGCCGCGAGGGCAUGACCUGCUACUACCUUACACAUGGCUGGGCGGGGCUCAUCGUGGUGGUGGAGAACCGGCACCCCAAGGCCUACCUGCACGUGCAGUGCGACUGCUCCGACAGCUUCAACGUGGUGUCCACGCGCGGCAGCCUGCGCACCCAGGACAGCGUGCCGCCCCUGCACAGGCAGGUCCUGGUGAUCCUGUCCCAGCUGGAAGGCAAUGCAGGCUUCUCCAUUACUCACCGCCUGGCACACCGCAAGGCAGCCCAGGCCUUCCUCAGCGACUGGACAACCUCCAGGGGCACCCACAGCCCCCCACUCACACCUGAAGUUGCUGGCCUACAUGGGCCCCGGCCGCUGUGACUGCUGCGUCCUGGGGCGAGGGCUGUGUGUGGACUGCCCACUGCCUCUCACACGCACUUUAUGAGGGAGACCCCAACGGAGGACGCUUGAACCAGAAUCUCAGGACCCCACCUAGGGAGCCACCAGCCUCAGGGCGCAGCUUCCCUUGGGCCCCCCACCCCUGCCCUGUCCCUCCUCUCCCCUCCCAGCCCCUCAGUCCCCAGGCCAGGCCUCCCAGCUGCCAAGCAGAAUACCUCGAACUGGACAGGCUGCUUACUGGCCACUCUGACCUGCCACCUGGGGACAAUUUCAGGUGGCCAGGGCCAAAAUGGGGGCUGCCCCUUCACAGUGAGUGUGGGGUCUCCUACCAGGGAGAGGCAACCAAGAGCUCUGUUCACAAAACCAAAUCUGGGGUCAGGAGCCAAGACCCCAUGGAGAGUCGGGACCACCCCCCUGUGGGGCUCAAGGUCUGCAGCUUCCCCUCUCAGUUUGCCCUAAGAGCCAGCCAGCCUCCUUGCCUCAAGGAGGCAAGCAGGGGUCCCUGGAAAACUGGCAUUUGAGUAGUGCACCUCAGCAGGCAGGUGCCUGGUGGCCACAGGCCAGGGCUCAGGGUCAGAGGGGUCCCUGUCUAGCUGCCCCUCCUGCGACACUAUGCAAUUCCUGGAGCACCUACCAGGAUCGAAGCCAUGACGGGCAGUGGGUCGGGGUGCUGGGCCAGCCCUGCUGUCUGGCGAAGUGUUCUGUCCUCAGCAUCCUGACCAUGGCCAGGUAGCCAGGGUCCAGCACCCUGCACCAGUCCCAUCCCAUGGCCUCAGCCCAGCCCAUCAUGGGCACAACAGGGCAUAGCUGCUGCCCAUUAGAAGCCCGGGAGCUGAGCUGCCUACCUGUCCAGCAUCCCCCCAGCUGUGUAUUGAGGCCAGAGUUCUUGUCUGCUGCAGGGACACGAGUCCAGCUCCCUGGGUCCCCUGCCCGGCCACCACUGUCCUGCAGCUCCCGGGCAGCAGGCAGCCAGCCUGCCCACGGCUCUCGCAUCCCACGGGGGUUGUGGGUUUUUACACCUAGAGAAACAUUCCCCCUUCCCCAGGCCUCCUUUCCUCUGAGCUGUGAAUGUUUUUAACCCUGUAAAUACGGUCAGCUCUUUGGACACGCAGGCUGUUUUACCAGCUGUCAGUCCCUCCCUGUCCAAGGCUCCACAGGCGGUUCCCACUCAGGCUCCAAGGACCAAAUAAAAUCAUUUUGUUUUGUAA